AUGAGGCUGCCCCGGGAAAGUGAUACAGAUUGGCAAGGUUGCAAAAAUGCCUCCCAAGAGGUUCUCAAGCAGUUGUGGAAGCUGAAUGUGGGUGAGAUGGCAAUAGCCGCAACUAUUACAUUUCCUGAGCGGAUUGAUUGCAACGAUCGCUGUGAUCCAGAUUCCCUGGUCAAGAAUAGCAUGCUGUGUCUGGUGAAGAUUCGUCGGGGUCUUCACCAUUAUCAGGAACUUCUGAGACAGUAUUCCACUUUGGAUUCUACUGCUGAGCUCCAAACUGCCAUGAGGAAUUUGUUGCAGCUCCUUCCAAAGGAUGGCGUUAGCGCUGAAGACAGCAGCCCGGCCGAAGAAAUAGCGAUCUGGGAGAAAACGUUUAUAGAGCAGCACAUCCUGCAGCGCCUGCAGUUGUUUGCAGUGUUGGUGGCGAGAGUCUUUGCCCACUGCGCAGCGUUAAAAUAG